GGAUUCCUUACCAAUGACUACAACAUCCUUGAUACCAAAAACUAGUCGUGGCAAUUACAGAAAAAGAAAGACCUGUGGUGGACCUAAGUGGGCUUCGCCAUAAGGGAUUUGUUCAUUGAUAUAUAUUUAGGUGCCAUUUAUGUAUAGAAUCCAAAAGUUGAAACGGGCACUCGACAGAAAGUUUUACAUCCGGUGUCCACAAGAGUUAAGUAAACGAGUGAUUCCGCAGAGCCAUAUAUAGGUGGGUAAUUAUGAUGUCUAAACAAAUAAAUGCUGCUAUUAUAGUACAGUGGUAUUUAGCAAAAGCCCAUGCAGACUUGGCAAAAAAGAGUUUAUCAAUAUGCCAAUCUCUGACGCAGAAUUCACUGUCUCCCCGAAUAUAUGGCAUGGCAUCUGUAAGAAGCUCUAGCCCUUUGGAUUUUCCAAUGCUCCCCGCAUUUAUUUCUCCUCUAAGACCCUUUUGACUCUUCUAUGUUUAUUGGGAAUCAGAGAAAUACAUGCUCAGCAGAACAAACAGGCGACAGCCGUUUCCGAUCUCUUUUUUCAUGUAAUUUUAGCCAUAUCCCUCUAUUUCACUCGCUUUACAGGGAAGUUUGAAGAUUUUUAGUCGUUUAAAGAGAAUGGCCGUAAUGGGAACAGUGAGGAAAUGGUUGGGGUGGUCACAGAUGGUAGCGAGCAUGUUGGCCGUCCAAGUCUUUGCAACAGGGCAGCAGCUGCUUUCUAAAGUCAUCUUGAGUCAAGGAACCUUCAUCUUUGCACUCAUGGCCUAUCGACAUUUAGUCGCUGCUCUCUGCGUUGCUCCUUUUGCUUUCUUCCUGGAAAGAGGUAAUUCAAAGAAGCUGACCUGGUCGACUUGGUUCUGGCUCUUCAUCAAUGCCUUAACAGGGAUAACAGCGGCCAUGGGACUGUUCUAUUAUGGUCUUCGAGACACCACAGCUACAUAUUCCACCAACUUCCUCAACAUAAUUCCAAUAGUCACCUUCGUUUUCUCCAUCGUUUUCCGAAUAGAGAAGCUAGGACUAGGCACCAGAGCAGGCAAAAUUAAGAUUGUGGGUGCAAUUUUGUGCGUGGGAGGUGCGCUGACAACUUGUCUCUAUAAGGGAAAAGCAUUCUAUCUUGUUCAUGAUCAUAAUUUUCACAGGCCUGCUGCUAUGAACGUAUCCAAGUCUCACUGGACUCGUGGAACUUUCAUGCUUAUUGGUAGUUGCUUGUGCUACGCUACUUGGUAUAUAUUGCAGGUCAAGUUGCUCAAAGUAUUUCCAUCAAAAUACCGGGCAACGCUGAUAACAUGCAUCAUGGCGUCCAUACAAUCAGCAGCAUUAGGCCUGUGCUUAGACAGGCGCAAGGCUGCAUGGAGAUUAGAGUGGAACUUGCAGCUAGUUACUAUAGUUUACUCGGGAGCACUAAGUACCGCUGCAACAUUCUGCUUACUUGCAUUGUCGAUUGCUAAGCGAGGCCCCACUUAUGCCCCUAUGUUCAACCCGCUGGCCCUAAUCUUUGUGGCCAUAUCAGAAUCUUUAGUACUUGGUGAAAAGAUGAGACUGGGAAUCGUGCUUGGCACGGUUAUGAUAAUAGUUGGACUGUACUCGUUUUUGUGGGGAAGAAGGAAGGAAACAAAAUGCUUGCCUCAGCCAGAUGCAGGAGCUGAAGAAUUGGCGAAAACAGGUCCUGAAUUUGGAGAGAUGCAGUUGAAGACCAUAGUAAUACCAACUAAUACUUCGCCUGUUAAAAGCGUCUAUGCCAUGGAAGAAGGAGCUCUAAAAGAUACUGUAGAACGCUGAAGUCAGUGCGAACCCAUUUUUGUGAAGGGUCUACUACACAAGAAAAUAUAACCAACCCACCUUCUUAAGAAACUAGGCUCUUGAUUUUAGAAAUUUGACAAAUAAAUUCAAGGGCUCUCUUUUAAAUCAAGUAUAUUUCGCUUUUGUAGUAAUUUCCUUUUUGUCUCUUCUUAUUUAUCUUGGAACCCAUAUUUUAAAAUUACAGGGGCAUAAUAACUCAAAAAUUUUCCGAAAAGAAGAGGUGAAGAGGAAGCAAAGUUGUUGCGUUUCACGAAACAAAUAAUGUUGUACUUAAGAUGACAAACAUCAGGUUUUGUUUAACUUUUCCUUGUGUCCCUUUGGCUAUCAGUCAAGCGGGAGAAAGUCCUACUGUUAUAGGACAAGAAGGAUCCAGACUAUGUCAAAAGGGGGGAAAAUUGAUUCAUAUUAGAGGCAACAGAAGCAAAAAUAAUUGAUCUGUUGCUACUUCUGUUUGCAGACAGCUUUUCAACUAUGAGGUUCAAAAGACAGGGAGAAUCGGUAGCAUGCCAUUUUAAAAGAAGCAGGGACAACGGAGGUAGCUAGGCAGAGAGCCUGGCGGAUGACCGAAAAUGUUUUCAGAGAAGUUGGUGAUGGCGAAGGAUUAAUUACUAUGGACUUAGCUAAUUUAAUCUUUGUUUUCAACAUGCUUCAGCACAAUUUCUUGCUUACAAUGAGAAAUGACAGAAAUCUCUGGAAUUUUGAGAUAUUGGUCCGUUAUAUACUAGAAUAAAAUCAAAAUAGUUUCCAGGUUCCGCAUGAUUUUACAAGCCAAGCUAAUAAUGUCAUACUUCUAAUGAAAGAUGCUACAUAGAACUAUAAACAGUAGAAACUAAUAAGAACGAAAAUUAAGAAUAACACAAACUCAGAAAAGCAUUGACAAUGAUCUCAUGAACCUCUGGUGAGUUGAGAGCAAUGUAACAGUAAACCAGCUCUUCCAUUGUAUUCCAAUCACGUACACCUGCAUCAUCAAUCAUCUCUAAUAUGGACUCUCUUAUAUCGGAAAAUGGGUCCUUAGACAACUUAACUACACAGAGACUGCCAGCAAAAACGCCGCUACCAUCACCAGGCAAGGUGGCUGAAAAGCUAAUUCUAUCGUGCCGCUUCAGCCUGCGUUUCUUCCUUUCCAUCUUGUUGAGCUCCUCAAAACCAUCCAUGCCUCCUGCAAAACCGUGCAUUG